AUGGCGACACGGAGCAGCAGGAGGGAGUCGCGACUCCCCUUCCUAUUCACCCUGGUCGCGCUGCUGCCGCCCGGGGCUCUGUGCGAGGUGUGGACGCAGACGCUGCACGGCGGCCGCGCGCCCCUGCCCCAGGACCGGGGCUUCCGCGUGGUGCAGGGCGAGCCGCGCGAGCUGCGGCUGUGGGCGCGCUGGGGGCCCCGGGGGGCGGACGAGAAGCCGCUCCGGAGGAGACGGAGCGCUGCCCUGCAGCCGGAGCCCAUCAAGGUGUACGGACAGGUUAGUCUGAAUGAUUCCCACAAUCAGAUGGUGGUGCACUGGGCCGGAGAGAAAAGCAACGUGAUCGUGGCCUUGGCCCGGGACAGCCUGGCCCUGGCGAGGCCCAGGAGCAGUGAUGUGUAUGUGUCUUACGACUAUGGAAAAUCAUUCAAGAGAAUUUCCGAGAAAUUGAGCUUCGGCUUGGGCAACAGCAGUGAAGCGGUGAUCGCCCAGUUCUACCACAGCCCCGUGGACAAUAAGCGUUACAUCUUUGUAGAUGCUUAUGCCCAGUACCUCUGGAUCACGUUUGACUUCUGCAACACUAUCCAAGGCUUUUCCAUCCCGUUCCGGGCAGUUGAUCUCCUCCUGCACAGCAAGGCCUCCAACCUUCUCCUGGGCUUUGACAGGUCUCACCCCAACAAGCAGCUGUGGAAGUCAGAUGAUUUUGGCCAGACCUGGAUCCUGAUUCAGGAACAUGUGAAGUCCUUUUCUUGGGGUAUCGAUCCCUAUGACAAGCCAAACACCAUCUACGUGGAACGGCACGAACCCUCUGGCUACUCCACGGUUUUCCGAAGUACGGACUUCUUCCAGUCCCGGGAGAACCAGGAAAUGAUCCUGGAGGAAGUGAAAGACUUUCAGCUUCGGGACAAGUACAUGUUUGCUACAAAGGUGGUGCAUCUUUGGGGCAGUCUGCAGCCAUCUUCUGUCCAGCUCUGGGUCUCCUUUGGCAGGAAGCCCAUGCGAGCAGCCCAGUUUGUCACGAGACAUCCUAUUAAUGAAUAUUACAUCGCAGAUGCCUCCGAGGACCAGGUGUUUGUAUGCGUCAGUCACAGUAACAACCGCACCAACUUAUACAUCUCGGAGGCAGAGGGGCUGAAGUUCUCCCUGUCCUUGGAGAACGUGCUCUACUACAGCCCAGGAGGGGCGGGCGGCGACACGCUGGUGAGGUAUUUUGCAAAUGAGCCGUUUGCUGACUUCCACCGUGUGGAAGGGUUGCAAGGAGUCUACAUUGCUACUCUGAUUAAUGGUUCUAUGAAUGAGGAGAACAUGAGAUCAGUCAUCACCUUUGACAAAGGGGGUACCUGGGAGUUCCUUCAGGCUCCAGCCUUCACAGGAUAUGGAGAAAAAAUCAACUGUGAGCUCGCCCAGGGCUGUUCCCUCCACCUGGCCCAGCGGCUCAGUCAGCUGCUCAACCUCCAGCUCCGGAGGAUGCCCAUCCUGUCCAAGGAGUCCGCUCCCGGUCUCAUCAUCGCCACUGGUUCGGUGGGAAAGAACUUGGCUAGCAAGACGAACGUGUACAUUUCUAGCAGUGCUGGAGCCCGGUGGCGAGAGGCACUUCCUGGACCUCACUACUACACUUGGGGAGAUCAUGGCGGCAUCAUCAUGGCCAUCGCCCAGGGCAUGGAAACCAAUGAGCUGAAAUACAGCACCAACGAAGGGGAGACCUGGAAAACGUUCAUCUUCUCCGAGAGGCCAGUGUUUGUGUAUGGACUCCUCACGGAGCCCGGCGAGAAGAGCACUGUCUUCACCAUCUUUGGCUCCAACAAAGAGAAUGUCCACAACUGGCUGAUCCUUCAGGUCAAUGCCACGGAUGCCUUGGGGGUUCCCUGCACAGAGAACGACUACAAACUCUGGUCGCCAUCUGAUGAGCGGGGCAACGAGUGUUUGCUAGGACACAAGACCGUUUUCAAACGGAGGACACCCCACGCCACGUGCUUUAACGGAGAAGACUUUGACAGGCCGGUGGUCGUAUCCAACUGCUCCUGUACGCGAGAGGACUACGAAUGUGACUUCGGCUUCAAGAUGAGUGAAGAUUUGUUCUUAGAGGUUUGUGUUCCAGAUCCUGAGUUUUCUGGGAAGUCCUACUCUCCUCCCGUGCCUUGUCCUGUGGGCUCUACUUAUAGGAGAACAAGAGGCUAUCGGAAGAUUUCUGGGGACACUUGUAGUGGAGGAGACGUUGAAACACGACUGGAAGGAGAACUGGUCCCGUGUCCCUUGGCAGAGGAGAACGAAUUCAUCCUGUAUGCCAUGCGGAAGUCCAUCCACCGCUAUGACCUGGCCUCGGGAGCCACCGAGCAGUUGCCCCUCACGGGGCUACGGGCCGCAGUGGCCCUGGACUUUGACUAUGAGCACAACUGCUUGUAUUGGUCUGACCUGGCCUUGGACACCAUCCAGCGCCUCUGUUUGAAUGGGAGUACAGGGCAAGAGGUGAUCAUCAAUUCUGGCCUGGAGACCGUAGAAGCCUUGGCUUUUGAACCCCUCAGCCAGUUACUUUACUGGGUGGACUCUGGCUUUAAAAAGAUAGAGGUGGCUAAUCCAGAUGGUGACUUCCGACUCACGAUUGUCAACUCCUCUGUGCUCGACCGGCCCAGGGCUCUGGUCCUCCUGCCCCAAGACGGGGUGAUGUUCUGGACCGACUGGGGAGACCUGAAGCCGGGAAUUUAUCGGAGCAAUAUGGAUGGCUCUGCCGUCCAUUGUCUUGUGUCAGAGGAUGUGAAGUGGCCCAAUGGCAUCUCUGUGGAUGACCAGUGGGUCUACUGGACAGAUGCCUACCUGGACUGCAUUGAGCGGAUCACUUUUGAUGGCCAGCAGCGCUCGAUCAUCCUGGACAACCUCCCCCACCCCUACGCCAUUGCCGUCUUUAAGAAUGAGAUCUACUGGGAUGACUGGUCGCAGCUCAGCAUCUUCCGAGCUUCCAAAUACAGUGGCUCCCAGGUGGCGGUUCUCGCGAGUCAGCUCACGGGGCUGAUGGACAUGAAGAUUUUCUACAAGGGCAGGACAACUGGAAGCAAUGCCUGCGUGUCCAGGCCGUGCAGCCUGCUCUGCCUGCCCAGGGCCAACAACAGUAAAAGCUGCCGGUGUCCAGAGGGUGUGGCCAGCAGCAUCCUCCCGUCCGGGGACCUGAUGUGUGAGUGCCCUCAGGGCUACCAGCGGGAGAACAACAGCUGCGUCAAAGAAGAGAACACCUGUCUCCGUAACCAGUAUCGCUGCAGCAACGGGAACUGUAUCAACAGCAUCUGGUGGUGCGAUUUUGACAAUGACUGCGGUGACAUGAGCGACGAGAGAAACUGCCCUACUACCAUUUGUGAUCUGGACACCCAGUUCCGCUGCCAGGAGUCUGGGACCUGCAUCCCACUGUCCUACAAAUGUGACCUUGAGGAUGAUUGUGGAGACAACAGCGAUGAAAGUCACUGCGAAAUGCACCAGUGCCGGCGUGACGAAUACAGCUGCAGCUCUGGCAUGUGCAUCCGCUCCUCCUGGGUGUGUGAUGGGGACAAUGACUGCAGGGACUGGUCUGAUGAAGCCAACUGUACUGCCAUCUAUCACACCUGCGAGGCCUCCAACUUCCAGUGCCGCAACGGACACUGUAUCCCCCAGCGGUGGGCAUGCGAUGGUGACAUGGACUGCCAAGACGGUUCUGACGAGGACCCAGUGAACUGCGAGAAGAAGUGCAACGGAUUCCGCUGCCCGAAUGGCACGUGCAUCCCAUCCAGCAAGCACUGUGAUGGUCUGCGGGAUUGCUCAGAUGGCGCGGACGAACAGCGCUGCGAGCCCCUGUGCACACGCUUCAUGGACUUCGUGUGCAAGAACCGCCAACAGUGCCUGUUCCACUCCAUGGUGUGCGACGGAAUUGUCCAGUGCCGUGACGGUUCCGAUGAGGACGCGGAGUUCGCAGGAUGCUCCCAAGACCCCGAGUUCCACAAGGUUUGUGAUGAGUUCAGUUUCCAGUGCCAGAACGGAGUGUGCGUCAGCUUGAUCUGGAAAUGCGACGGCAUGGAUGAUUGCGGUGACUACUCGGAUGAAGCCAACUGCGAAAACCCCACAGAAGCCCCGAACUGCUCCCGCUACUUCCAGUUCCAGUGUGAGAAUGGCCACUGCAUCCCCAACAGGUGGAAAUGUGACGGGGAGAACGACUGUGGCGACUGGUCUGAUGAGAGGGACUGCGGAGAUUCACAUGUCCUCCCAUCCCCCACUCCCGGGCCCUCUACGUGUCUGCCCAAUUACUACCGCUGCAGCAGUGGGGCGUGCGUGAUGGACAGCUGGGUGUGCGAUGGGUACCGGGAUUGUGCAGAUGGCUCGGAUGAAGAAGCCUGCCCCCCGCCCGCAAAUGUCACGGCUGUCUCCAUUCCCACUCACCACGGGCACUGUGACCGAUUUGAAUUUGAGUGUCGCCAGCCAAAGAAGUGUAUCCCCAACUGGAAGCGCUGUGACGGCCACCAAGAUUGCCAGGACGGCCAGGACGAGGCCAACUGUCCCACACACAGCACCUUGACCUGCAUGAGCAGGGAGUUCAAGUGUGAGGACGGUGAGGCGUGCAUCGUGCUCUCGGAGCGCUGUGAUGGCUUCCUGGACUGCUCGGACGAGAGCGACGAGAGGGCCUGCAGCGAUGAACUAACUGUAUACAAAGUACAGAAUCUUCAGUGGACGGCCGACUUCUCUGGGGACGUAACGUUGACCUGGACGCGGCCCAAGAAAAUGCCCUCUGCUGGUUGUGUCUAUAACGUCUACUACAGGGUGGUCGGAGAGGGCAUCUGGAAGACCGUGGAGACACACAGCAAUAAAACCAACACCAUAUUAAAAGUCUUGAAGCCAGACACCACGUAUCAGGUCAAAGUGCAGGUCCAGUGUCUCAGCAAAGUGCACAACACCAACGACUUCGUGACUCUGCGGACACCAGAAGGACUGCCAGACGCCCCUCAAAAUCUCCAGCUGUCACUCCACAGGGAAGAGGAAGGUGUGAUUGUGGCCCACUGGUUUCCUCCCACCCACACCCAUGGCCUCAUCCGAGAGUACAUUGUGGAAUACAGCAGGAGUGGUUCCAAGAUGUGGGCCUCCCAGAGGGCUGCUAGUAACUUUACUGAAAUAAAGAAUUUACUGGUCAACGCUCCAUAUACUGUCAGAGUGGCUGCAGUGACAAGCCGUGGAGUAGGAAACUGGAGCGAUUCUAAAUCCAUUACCACCGUCAAAGGAAAAGUGAUCCCACCACCAGAUAUCCACAUCGACAGCUACAGUGAGAAUUCUCUGAGCUUCACCCUGACCAUGGAGAGUGACAUCAAGGUGAAUGGCUAUGUGGUGAACCUUUUCUGGGCAUUUGACACCCACAAGCAAGAGAAGAGAACUUUGAACUUCCGGGGGAGCAUCUUGUCACACAAAGUUGCCAAUCUGACUGCUCAUACGUCCUAUGAGAUUUCUGCCUGGGCCAAGACUGAUUUAGGGGAUAGUCCUCUGGCAUUUGAGCAUGUCACAACCAAAGGAGUCCGCCCACCUGCUCCUAGCCUCAAAGCCAAGGCCAUCAAUCAAACUGCAGUGGAAUGUACCUGGACUGGCCCCAGGAAUGUGGUUUAUGGUAUUUUCUAUGCUACAUCCUUCCUUGACCUGUAUCGCAAUCCGAAGAGCUUGACUACUUCCCUCCACAACAAAACAGUCAUUGUCAGUAGGGAUGAGCAGUAUUUGUUUCUGGUCCGGGUGGUGGUGCCCUACCAAGGGCCAUCCUCCGACUACGUCGUGGUGAGGAUGAUCCCAGACAGCAGGCUCCCACCUCGUCACCUGCAUUCGGUUCAUACUGGCAAAACCUCAGCUGUCAUCAAGUGGGAAUCCCCGUAUGAUUCUCCUGACGAGGACCUGUUAUAUGCAAUUGCUGUCAAAGAUCUAAUAAGAAAGAGUGACAGAAGCUACAAAAUAAAAUCCCGCAACAGUACUGUGGAGUACACCCUUACCAAGUUGGAACCUGGAGGGAAAUACCACAUCGUUGUCCAACUGGGGAACAUGAGCAAAGAUUCCAGUAUAAAAAUCACCACAGUUUCAUUAUCUGCACCUGAUGCCUUAAAAAUCAUAACAGAAAAUGACCACGUUCUUCUGUUUUGGAAAAGUCUAGCUUUGAAGGAAAAGCAUUUUAAUGAAAGCAGGGGCUAUGAGAUACACAUGUUUGAUAGUGCCAUGAAUAUCUCCGCUUACCUUGGGAAUACUACUGACAAUUUCUUUAAAAUUUCCAACCUGAAAUUGGGUCAUAAUUACACUUUCACUGUGCAAGCAAGAUGCCUUUUUGGCAGCCAGAUUUGUGGAGAGCCUGCUGUCCUGCUAUAUGAUGAGCUGGGGUCCGGUGGGGACGCAUCAGCGUUCCGGGCUGCCAGGUCUACUGAUGUUGCUGCCGUGGUGGUGCCCAUCCUGUUCCUGAUACUGCUGAGCCUGGGGGUUGGGUUUGCGGUCCUGUACACCAAGCAUCGGAGGCUGCAGAACAGCUUCACUGCUUUUGCCAAUAGCCACUACAGCUCCCGGCUGGGCUCGGCCAUCUUCUCCUCGGGGGACGACCUGGGGGAGGAUGAUGAAGAUGCUCCCAUGAUAACUGGAUUUUCAGAUGACGUCCCCAUGGUGAUAGCCUGAAAGCUGUCCUCACUAGAAACCAAAUGGUGUAAAUAUUUUAUUUGAUAAAGAUAGUUGAUGGUUUAUUUUAAAAGAUGCACUUUGAGUUGCAAUAUGUUAUUUUUAUAUGGGCCAAAAACAAAA